AUGUCUAACCCAGCAUUGCAAGUUUACGGUGGUGAUGAGAUAUCUGCGGUUGUGAUCGAUCCUGGCUCUUACAGCACAAAUAUUGGGUAUUCUGGCACUGACAAUCCACAACUUAACAUUCCUUCAAGCUAUGGGCUAUAUACCGAUGGUUCCAAAAAAGGUCACAAAUCUUUUAAUGACCAAUUCAUGACAUUGCCCCGGCCCGAUUUUGAAGUCAAACCGAUUCUGGAAAAUGGGUGCGUAGUGGACUGGGAUGCAGCCCAAGAACAAUGGACAUGGGCUGUGGCAGAACAGCUAAAAUUUGGAUCGCUUGAUGGUGUCCCGGCAUUUUUAACAGAGGCAAUUUGGAACUCGGAAACGAACCGCAAGAAAUCCUUGGAAGUGCUUCUGGAGGGUAUGGAUUUCGAGGCCUGUUAUAUCGCCCCCACUGCAACGUGUGUUUCGUUUGCAAUGGGUAGACCCACAUGUUUGGUUGUGGAUAUCGGCCACGAUGCAUCCAGUGUAUGUCCCGUAAUAGACGGAAUGACCCUCUCCAAGAGUUCCACAAGAAACUUCUUAGCAGGCAAGUUUCUCAAUACUCUGAUAGAAAAGCAUCUAAAACCUCGUGAAAUUAUUCCUCUUUUCAGAGUCGCGCAAAGAAGACCUGAGUUUAAGCCCAGAAGUUUUGAUUUUACAGUGGAUCGAUCCGUUGAUAACUUCGUUAACAGCAGAGGUUUUUUGCAAGAGUGCAAGGAAACAAUGCUGCAAACAGCACCUUCAGAUUCACCCAAAUUCGAGACCGAGCUGGAUUCCAUGUCCAAAAGAUCUAUAGAGGCUCCCUGGGGUGAAAAUAUCAUUUUCGAUAGCAGAACAAGAUUUUCAUUUGCUGAACAACUCUUUAAUCCUUCGGAAAGCCUUAUGCCCGAGGGUUGGCCCAGAUCAAAUGGCAUAAUUGAAACGUGGCACAACGAUUACAUACCAAUGAAAAGAGCAAAACCUAAUGUCGGCAACAAGGACAAAGAAAGUACUGUUGAUCCUACACCUGUUGCUGAAGGUACUAAAUCUGGAGAUUCAGCUCCAGCAAUAAACGAAAAUGGCAAAAGAUCACUAGAGAGCACAUCUGAGAGUGAAAAUUCACUGGCCGGUUUAAACGAUCUAGUGGCCACUUCUAUCAUGGCUACGGAUGUUGAUUUAAGAGCAACUCUGGCCCAUAACCUUGUUGUUACUGGUGGCACUUCCUCAAUACCAGGACUUACAGAUCGGUUAGUCGCAGAACUGAACAAGAAACUGCCGGCACUAAAAUUUCGCAUAUUGACUUCGGGCCACUCCAAGGAAAGACAGACGAGAGCAUGGUUAGGUGGGAGCAUUUUAUCAAGUCUCGGUACAUUUCACCAGCUUUGGGUUGGAAAGCAAGAAUAUGAGGAAGUUGGUGCCGAUAGGUUGUUGAAGGACAGAUUCAGAUGA